AUGAUUUUUGAUCUAAUCCAUGGAUUAAUAGACUUGCAACAUAAUAAAAUCUUACAUCUAGAUAUAAAACCAAAGAAUAUUUUAGUUGAUUAUAGAGGAAACUAUAUUUAUACUGAUUUUGGAAUUUCUGAAAUUUAUUAGGAAGGUAGUAGUAUGUAAAUUAGAGGUUUUACAAAUAAAUAUUCAUCAUAAGAAUAGAGGAAUUAAGAUGUAAAUAAAAUAAGUUAUAAAUCUGAUGUGUAUUCAUUAGGAUAAACUCUCUUAAAAGUUAUAGAGAGAUUUAAAGAGCUUAAUAGCUAAAGCUAAUUGAUAGAAUUUGCAAAAUUUAUCAAUGACAUUGAAGACAUUGUGAAUUAAAGAAUGGUCUAAGAAGAAAUUGACUAAAGAUCUGAUUGCUAUUAAAUUCAUUCUCGAUUCGUUGAUGUGUUAUUUAAUAUUAAAAGUUAAAUAGAUGCUACAUUUAUUAACGAAAUAGGGCUUGAAAUUAAUCGCUAUCUUACAUCGCAUUUAUCUUAAAAGGAGGUAUCUGACAAAUUUAUGGUUGAAAAACAAAUAAAAUAAUGGCCAAUUGAGGUUAUCUGUUUUUACUUAAAUUGUAAGCCUACAAAAGAUUAAUUUGCUAACUUAAUCAAUGAAAUAGAAUUAAAUAGAGAAAAGCCUUCUGAAUUAAAUAUUUAUUAGGAAAAAAAUAUGAUUGAAGAAGAUAUCUUAGAUUAUUUUAAGAGUUUCUCUAAAUAGUUCACAAAAAUCAAAGCAUAUUUUAAUAAAAAAGAAUACACGAUAGAAAAAAAAAAUGGAUUACAAAACAAUUAACUAUAACUUCUUUAAUAAGGUGAUAAAUUUAAUCUAAAUUUGAGCCAAAAUGAGAAGAUAAAGGACAUUAUUUUAGGAAAGUUUAAAAAUGCAACUUAUUUAAAUCUAAAUUAAGAAUAUAAUCAUAUUGGUGAUUAUGGUGCAAAAGAAUUAGGUACAGGAAUAGCCUAGUGCUAGAAUAUCACAACUUUAACGCUUAAUUUAAGAGGGAAUUAUAUUGGUGAUGAGGGUGCAAAAUAUUUAGGCACAGAAAUAGCCUAGUGCAAGAAUAUCACAACUUUAAGGCUUAAUUUAAGUUCGAAUAAUAUAGGUGCAUAGGGUUCAAAAGAUUUAGGCACAGGAAUAGCCUAGUGCAAGAAUAUCACAACUUUGACGCUUAAUGCAGAUUCGAAUAACAUUGGUGCAUAGGGUGCAAAAGAUUUAGGCACAGGAAUAGCCUAUUCCCAGAAUAUCACAACUUUAACUAUUAAUUUAAAUUGGAAUAAUAUUGGUGGAUAGGGUGCAAGAGAUUUAGUCACAGGAAUAGCCUAGUGCAAGAAUAUAACAACUUUGACUUUUAACGUAGAUUUGAAUAAAAUUGGUGCAUACGGUGCAAAAUAUAUAAGCACAGGAAUAGCCUAGUGCCAGAAUAUCACAACUUUAAAGCUCAAUUUAAGAAGGAAUGAUAUUGGUGUAUAGGGUGCAAAAGAUUUAGGUACAGGAAUAGCCUAUUGCAAGAAUAUAACAACUUUAACUCUUAAUUUAUAAGGAAAUAAUAUUGGUGCAUAGGGUGCAAAAGAUUUAGGUACAGGAAUAGCCUAUUGCAAGAAUAUAACAACUUUAACUCUUAAUUUAUAUUGGAAUAAUAUUGGUGCAUAGGGUGCAAAAGAUUUAGGUACAGGAAUAGCCUAGUGCAAGAAUAUCACAACUUUGACGCUUAAUGUAGAUUCGAAUAAGAUUGGUGCAUAGGGUGCAAAAGAUUUAGGCACAGGAAUAGCCUUGUGCCAGAAUAUCACAACUUUGACGCUUAAUGUAGAAGGGAAUUAUAUUGGUGAUGAGGGUGCAAAAGAUUUAGGCACAGGAAUAGCCUAGUGCCAGAAUAUCAUAACUUUGACACUUAAUGUAGAAGGGAAUUAUAUUGGUGAUGAGGGUGCAAAAGAUUUAGGCACAGGAAUAGCCUAGUGCCAGAAUAUCAUAACUUUGACACUUAAUGUAGAUUCGAAUAAGAUUGAUGCAUAGGGUGCAAAAGAUUUAGGCAAAGGAAUAGCCUAGUGCAAGAAUAUCACAACAUUGACGCUUAAUGUAGAAUAUAAUCAUAUUGGUGAUGAGGGUGCAAAAGAUUUAGGCACAGGAAUAGCCUUUUGCCAGAAUAUCACAACUUUAAAGCUCAAUUUAGGAGGGAAUAAUAUUUGUGAUGAGGGUGCAAAAGAUUUAGGCACAAGAAUAUCCUAUUCCCAGAAUAUCACAACUUUAAAGCUCAAUUUAGGAGGGAAUUAUAUUCAUGAUGAGGGUGCAAAAGAUUUAGUCCCAGGAAUAGCCUUGUGCCAGAAUAUCACAACUUUGACGCUUAACGUAGAAGGGAAUUAUAUUGGUGAUGAGGGUGCAAAAGAUUUAGGCACAGGAAUAGCCUAGUGCAAGAAUAUCACAACUUUAAAGCUCAAUUUAGGAGGGAAUUAUAUUGGUGAUGAGGGUGCAAAAGAUUUAGGCACAGGAAUAGCCUAGUGCAAGAAUAUCACAACUUUAAAGCUCAAUUUAGGGUAAAAAUUAAAUUUAUUGAUUGAUAAACUAAUAAUUGAGAAUUGA